AUGGCACCUAAAGAUAUUGUCAACAUUGAUUGGAAUUAUUUCUAUUAUCAUUUAAUUAAAAUGGAUAAUGAACAUGACGAUGAUGAUGAAAUUAAUUUAACAAAUGUUUUACAUUCUUCAUCGAUUGAUUCUCUUGAACAAUACGAAUUAGUAUCAACAACAAGUGAAAGACUUCGUUUUGUUAAUGGAUAUCAUAAAUGGAUAAAUACAAAUGAUGAAAUUUAUGUUGAUAAAAUAAAUGAUUAUCAUCAUCAUCAUGAAAAUAAUAAUCAAAUAGAUUUUAUGGUUACCAAUGAUGAUAAUAAUUCAAUUCGAGAAAAUAUUUUAUCAAUAAAUGAUAUGACUAUUAUAUUAAAAAAUAAUUUGGAAAACGAGGAGGAAGAAGAAGAUGAUGAUGAUGAUGAUGAUGAUGAUGAAGAAGACAUUGAAAAUAGUCUAAGUCAUAUGGACAUAUCUUUAGAUCAUUUUGAUGUUGAACAUCAAAUUAAUAAUGAUCGAUCAGAAGAAGAAGAAGAACAACAACCAAUUCGUGAUGAAAGUUUCUCCUCGAUAUUAUCAAAUUUUUCUCAAACAGAAAAAAUGAAUCAUAAUGUCGAAACAUUAGAAAUGGAUAUGGAAAAUGGUGAUUGUAAUAGAAAAAAAACAAAUGGAUAUUCACAACGUCGAAAUAAUAAUGAUGAAUCAUAUAAAAAAAAUAAUAAUCAAAUGAAUGGUUCACCAAAUUAUAAUGGAAAUGGAACAAAUCCAAAUAGAAAUAAUAAUAAUUCAAGACGAUCAGAUGAUGGUAGUGAAGAAAAUGAUGGUGAUGAUGAUAAUGAUGAUGAUAAUGAUGACGAUGAUGAUGAUGAUUAUGAUGAUGAUGAAAGUGAUGAAAAUAUAGCUCGUCGAUUAGGUUUCUUACCAAUAAAUAAUGAAACAAUACGUAUAAUAAAUCGUUUACGUAAUUUAACAAAUAAACAAUCAUUUGAUAGACGAGAUUUUGAAACAUUUCAAACAUUAAUUGAUGAAUUAAUACAUAUUCAACAUUUAGAAAAUUAUUCAAAACAACAAUUAAAACAAAUAAUUCGUUAUCUUAAAUUAUAUCGUCCAUUACAAACAAAAUCUCGUGCAUUAAUAUUUAUUCAAGAACGUAUACCAAGACGUGCUGUUAAAUAUAAUGUUAUAUCAACAAAUAAUGAAAAUCAUCUUAAUGUAUUUGAUAUAUGGCGUGAACGUGAACGACGUGCACGUUUAGAUUCAAAAGAUAGUUUAGAAGAUGAUGGACAAAAUUCAAGUGGACAACAAUUACGUGAUGUUAUUGAAAUAAAUCAUCCAACACCACCAAUAAUACUUUCAAAUAAUAAUAAUUCAAAUUCAAUUGUAACAAGUAAAGUUAAACAAAUGGCAAAAAAUAUUGAUACACGAUCAAUAUCAUCACGUUCAGAAAUUAAUAUACGUACAGGUGAUCGUUUUAAUGAUCAUACUAAUAUGCAAAGAAGUUUAUCACCAUCAUAUCCAAGUCUUGUUUCUGUUGCACUUUAUGAUAUUAAAUCAACAAAUAAGAAUGAUGGUUCAUAUAAUGAAAAUCUUAAUGAAGAUCGUAUUGUACGUACAAAACCAACUAUUAAUACAACAAAUUCAUUAUCACCAACACCAUCAGAACCAAGUCGUGUACGACAAAUGAUUGAUCGUCUUGAAUCAUCAUCAUCAUCAACAAAUAUAAAAACAGGAAAAAAAAAUAUUCAAAUUAAAAAAUCUUUACAUGAUGAUCAUUCUGAUGGUUCAACUAGUUUAACAUCAUCACCACCAGUUAAACGUUUUGCAAGACGAGAUUAUAAUGAAAAAAAUUUAAUUAAUGAAAAUCAUGAAGAAAAUUUUGUUUUUGUUCAAGAUGAUAUACAAGAUGAAGUUUUUUAUCAAACAAAUAAUAAGAAUAAUAAUAAUACUCAUAUGUCAAAUGAAAUUAAAUUUGAAAUUGGAAGAGAUAAUAUAACAAAUCAAAAUCGACGUAGUGGUAGUACAACAAGUGUAAGUCUUUUUUUUUUAGAUAAUCUUGAAUCUUUUAUAAGAAAAUUAUUUAUUUAUCAUGACACAUAA